AUGCAGCAGGAGCGGGGCGGGCAGAGCCCAGGAGCCCCCGAAACCGAGGUCAAGGCUGUCAUCGUAGGGGAUGGCGGCUGUGGGAAGACGUCACUGCUGGUGGCCUUCGCCAAAGGGGACUUCCCCAAGGUCUACGUCCCCACCGUGUUCGAGAAGUACACAGCGUCCCUCCAGGUUGCCGGCAAGCCCGUGACGAUCCACCUGUGGGACACAGCAGGACAGGAAGACUAUGACAGGCUUCGCCCUCUGUCCUACUCUGAUGCCAACGUUGUCCUCAUAUGCUUCGAUGUCACCGACUCCAACAGCUUCGACAACAUCCUAACAAAGUGGUACCCGGAGGUGAACCACUUCUGCAAGGGGGUCCCGGUGCUGCUGGUGGGAUGCAAGACGGACCUGCGGCAGGACCAGGAGGUGCUGCAGAAGCUGAAGGACGGACGGAUAGAGCCCGUGUCCCGCCAGCAGGGAGAGGCCAUGGCCCGGCAGGUCCGCGCCGUGUCCUACAUGGAAUGCUCGGCCAGGUACCAGGAUAACGUCGGGAACAUCUUUGAGAAAGCCUGCAGUGCCGCCAUCAGUGCCGCCCGCCGGAGGCAGCGCAAGACGAGACCCAGGAGGGUCUGCGUGUUCCUCUGAGCCCCCCGGCUCGGCACAGCCCCCCGGGGAUCUCCUGCUGUCCUCAGGCUCCGACCGCACCGCGGCUGCUGCCGCACCUCUGCCUCCAACACCGGAAUGCCGCUGCCACCCUCCCGACCCGGGGCUGGCACCGCUGGUCACCACGAGGUGACAGCAGGAAAGCAUCCCUGGCACAAAG